AUGGACAUGGAGCUCUCCUCCUCCUCCUCUGCCGCCUCCGUCUUCGCUUCUUCAUCUGCGACGUCGCCGCCGCUCGGGAGGUGCGUCGUCCGCAUCAGGCUCCCGCCAGCGUGGACGCCCGAGUUGGACGCCGUCCUGGAGCGCCUCGCCAUGGAGCACGGCUCCCGCCACUGGCGCCGCGUGGCGGCGCAGAUGCCGCGCCACAGCAGCCGCCGCUCGCCCGCGCAGUGCCGCGACAGGUGGAGGGACCACCUCGCCCGCGACGUCUUCCACCGCCCUUUCACCGCCGACGACGACGCCGAGCUCGCCCUCCUCUGCCUGCGCCUCGACGACGGUCGCAGCUCGCGUGCCGUGAAGCGACGCUGGAGGGAGCUGCGCAAGAGCGACGCGUUCCUCGGCAAGCUGUGGCGUCGUCCCCUGUCGCAUUGA